CUUCUUCAAUUUUCUGCUGCAUUUUGAUCUUAUUAUAUCCAGGUAUAUCUCUUCUUCUUCAUCUGCUAUUCCUUCGCAAGGGCGGAAAUAUAAAUACAAAUUUUCUGCUGCAUUUUGAUCUUAUUAUAUCCAAGUAUUUAAUAAAAAAUUUGUUUUUAUUAAUCAUAAAUAAUAAAUAUAAAUACAAAUUGGAAAAUUCUGAAAAUACUCUUAAGUUCUUGCGCAUCCCCUUCGAAACCGAAACCAAAUUAGCAAGCGCGUUAGGGCACGGGCACCACACACACCUAUUGCUUCUUCUGCGCCGCACCACCGCGCCGCACCACCGUACCGCACCUCCGGUCCCGUCCGCCACAUCGUCGCAGCUCACACACUUGGUUUGAUGUCACAACUUUGUAUUUCUAUUGAGGAUGACGGCGUACCAAAGUUCUACUCUACUAUGCUGCCUGUUGUGUUUAACAUUACAUUUACACGUAAAAUUGGACAUGACAGUGAUGAUGAUCGAUUUUCUUGUACUGGAUUUUGUAUAAGCAGCACAGGGUUGCUAAUGACAUGUGCUCAUUGUGUACCUUCUGAAAAUGUGACAUGUAGUAUUAUUGGUCGAAGAAGGGAUGGAUCUUGGACCCAUGAUAUGACUGCAAAGAUAGUGAAAAUUUUCAAAAAGUGGGACGUGUGCAUUCUACAGUUAGUUUCGAAGGAAAAUGUUUCAUUUGAUUUUGUCACAUUCGCCAACGAGAAUGACCAAAUUUGUGUUGGCGAGGAUGUGCACUAUAUUGGAGGACUUGCAGGUUUGUACUUUGCUUAUGUGAAGGGAAUGAUAUCCUGUCCGUGUGGAUAUGAUCUUGAAUCCAUUACUAAUAUUUGGAAGGAUAGAAAGCCAGAGGAUUUUACUUUGAUGAUCAAGUCUUAUGAAAACUACAGUCUUCCUCCUGAGAUGUAUGGAUUAGGCCCACCUUAUACUAUCCGUGCUGGUAUUGCGGGCUACUAUCAUAUGCAUCCACUGACUCCAUUGAUAGAAACUAAUACUAUGUCGUAUGCGGGAGUAGCUUCUGGAUCUCCUCUGUUUAACAGUAGAGGACAAGUUAUUGGGAUGGUCAUUGGAGGGGGUCGUGGAACUAUGGCUACUCAUCAUGUUAUACUUAAGUUUUUCAUGGAUAAAGUUAUUGAAGAAGAAGAUGGUGGAGGGAAAGGAAAAGAAGAAGACGGUGGAGAAGAAGAAGAAGAAGGAGGAGGAGGCACGUCACAAUCGAUGAAAGGGAAGAAGAAGAAGAAGAAGAAGAAGGAUGGAAGAAAAGGGAAAAGAGGAGGCAUCUCUACUAACCUGUUCAGAAGGUUAAUGUCUUAGCUUUCUAGUGUUGGAUAAUUUUUUAGAUUUGUGAUGAUUAACUUGACACAAUUUUAGAUUUGUAAUGACUAACUUGACACAAUUUUAGAUUUGUAAUGACUAACUUGACAAUUUAAGGUUUGUUAAAUUUGCUGUCAAAUCCAUGACAUAUAUAUAUAUAUAUAUAUAUAUAUAUAUAUAUGUAUUUUUCUUUCUAAAUUAAGUUA